GAGAUAAUCGAUGACCUCGCUCAGCUUGUGGACAAGACGGACGGCCGCAUCAAAAACGAGACAAAAAGAGUCAAGCUGUUGGAUAGCAAGUCUGCUUCCUGUGGCAUGAUGGUGGUGAUUGUUCUUCUUCUCAUCGCCAUCAUUGUUGUGGCCUGUUGGCAGUAAUGAAGAAGAUGAAGAUGCCACAGAUAUGAACUAUAGAGACUUUCUGUCUGUAUAUAGUGGUGAGUGAUGGAUUCACGCAGUAUCCGAACAGACUGGACAUGUAAUCACAUCUCUGCACACAGCUCUCUUUUUUCUCUUAAAGUAAUGGAACACAUAACUGGGUUAAAGCCAAGAAAUGGACCACUAUGAAGAACUGAAUUCUUAGCUCCACAGAUAACGAUCAAAGUAGGAUUCGGAAUGGAAAGAAAAAUAGAAAAGAGCUUUGAAAGGUUUUGAAUAUUAUUAUGAAUAAAACCAUGAGCCCAAGAUGCUCCAAGGGGGGAAACUAUUUAAAUUCUUUGUUUGGCAGUGAAGAAAAUGAUCCGUAUCCAUCGUGUAAACAGGGACUGAGUCACAAAGCAAUACCGAGUUUUGAGCUCUACUGUUGGGAUAAAUAGAAAAGCUCUCAUCCUCUUUUUCCUAAUCCAUUCAACUGCAUUAAGAGAGAGAGAAAAAAAAAACUUGUUUGGUAAAAAAUAAUGUUUUCAAAAUAUGUCCGUUAUAAAAUUCUAAUAAAUGUAAUGGUAUCAAA